GUUUGUUCAAGUACUUAUACACACACUCUCACGCUGGCUUAUCCGCUGACUUGGACUACAUUGAACAUCUCAAGAUUGGUACGGAGACGGUCACUUCAAGUGCUUUAGGCGUUCGACUUGAGGCUGUGCCUUGUUCGUAUAUAAGAACACCAGCCUUCGUAUUUUCGAGCAAGCACAAAGUCACUAUAUUGCCUACCAUCUCCUUUGUAUCAACAUGCCCUCCCCUCAGCCUCUUCGCGUCGCCGUCUUUUCUUGCGGUCCUGUCGAAGGAAGGAUGAAAACAGAGCUCGGAUUCACCGCUGGUGCCGAAGGCACCCGGGAGAUCUUCCACAAGUUCCUCAUUGAGAACCCCCGGGUCGCCAACCCGUUGGAUCCUAACCAGAAGAUAUUCAACCCAGAGCUCGCCGUGAUCGCCAACGGCUUGCAGACCAUAGUCUAUGAUGUCUUGGGCGACGGCGAGCCUGUCCCGACCGAUGCCCCCAUCUUCGACGAAAAUGACCCUCGUCUUCCUUCUGAAGAUGCACUUGACACAAUCGACGCGAUCUUUGUGUCUGGGUCGGGCACAAGUGUUCGCUACGUAGAGGACCCGAUAAAGAGGGGUCAGUGGGAGGGUAAAAUCAGGAGGGUACAAAGGUACCUCCGCUUUGUCAUUGACAACCAUCCACGCAUCAAGGUGGUCGGCAUUUGCUUCGGGCACCAGAUCCUUUCAUUCGCCAGCGGACAUGCGGUCGACAGGAAUCCCAAGGGUUGGGAGGUUGGCCCCAAGAACGUUACUAUGACUGAUCUUGGGAAGAGUGUCUUCCAGAAGGGCGUCUUGGUCAUUCAACAGCUCCACCAAGACCAUGUCCUCCUGAAUGUCGAGGUCGGUGGGAUUGGUGACAGCGGUAGCGGAGGAUACGGGGCCACACCGCGCUCAGGUAGUACGCGAUCGAGUGACGAGGUUGUCAUCGACAGGGAUAUUACCCCACUCGACGGUCUUAGCCGCUGGGGCCAGUCCGACCUCACUUGGAACCAGGGAAUGAUCAAAAUCCCGGAGGACGUGGUGGAUGACCUCGAUGAUCCCAAGCUCCAUCUUGAGGCGCUGGAGAAAGUUCACAUCUUCACUUCGCAGGGCCAUCCUGAGCUCGACAGAGACAUGAUCAGAGUUCUAAUCGAGGACGAGAUGGAACCGUAUGUUUCGGGAGGCAUUCCAGCGGAUCGUGCGCUGGCUGCUUUGGCGAGGAACGAAGAUAAGAACAUUGAGAUCAAUGUUGACGAUCUCGCGAUAGUCUGUUGGCAGAUGCUGAAAGGUGCUUGGGAUGCGAAGAACGCGGCAUAAAAAGUUGGAGGUAUGCAUCGAUGGCAUACUGUGUGUAUGAUAAUAGGCCCGAGUGGCGAAGGAGGAAUGCUCUAUGUACUUUUACUCGAACGAGGC